CCCAAGUAUUAAGGACCUUGAAAUUUCACUGUCAAGUGGCCCUUGUGGAACAACAAUCAUGACUGUGGGUAAGAGUAGCAAGAUGCUGCAGCACAUUGACUACAGAAUGAGAUGUAUCCUGCAAGACGGAAGAAUCUUCAUUGGCACUUUCAAGGCUUUUGACAAGCAUAUGAAUUUGAUCCUCUGUGACUGUGAUGAGUUCAGGAAGAUCAAGCCAAAGAAUGCAAAACAGCCAGAGCGUGAAGAAAAGCGGGUUUUGGGUCUGGUCUUGCUACGUGGAGAGAACCUGGUAUCCAUGACUGUGGAGGGGCCACCUCCUAAAGAUACUGGUAUUGCUCGGGUGCCGCUUGCUGGCGCUGCAGGUGGCCCUGGGGUUGGGAGGGCAGCCGGCAGAGGAGUACCAGCUGGUGUACCUAUUCCACAAGCUCCUGCUGGAUUAGCAGGUCCUGUCCGAGGAGUUGGAGGUCCAUCCCAGCAGGUCAUGACACCACAGGGAAGAGGCACUGUAGCAGCUGCUGCAGUUGCUGCCACUGCCAGCAUUGCUGGAGCUCCAACACAGUACCCACCAGGGCGUGGAACACCUCCUCCACCCGUAGGCAGAGCAACCCCACCUCCAGGAAUUAUGGCUCCUCCACCUGGUAUGAGACCACCCAUGGGCCCACCAAUUGGCCUUCCCCCUGCUCGAGGUACACCCAUAGGCAUGCCCCCUCCAGGAAUGAGACCCCCACCACCAGGAAUUAGAGGCCCACCUCCCCCAGGAAUGCGUCCACCAAGACCCUAAGAUAUGGUUGAUAAAUAUCAGCCUUACCUUUUCCCCUGCAUUGCGUCUUGUGAAAUUGUGUAGCCUGCAAGCUUUUUGACCCCUCCUUACUGCAUUAAUUAUAGCUAAAGCUAAUAAAUGCAUAGAGCAAUUGAAUUGAGGUUUUUCUUUGUCAAUUUUGUUAGAGUCAGAGUGAACCUUAAUAUGUUUUGUGUGAAAUUAUUGUAAAAGAGGUAACUACAGACAUGCUGUUUCCUCAAGCUGUUAACUUAGGAUAAAGUAGUUGUGAUAUUUUUUUUCCUGAUUCCUGACACUUAUUUCAUGCAUUAACUUACUGGUCAAAAUAUUGAAGAUAACAAAGUUAAGAAUGUAAUUUGCUAAUAUUCACAUGGCACUAUGGUCACUUUAAUAUGUCACAUUUAAAGAUAUGUGGAGACAGUGAAUCAGAUUAUUAAAUGCACUUAAAUUA